CCCUGUCAGGCACCGCCUCUUCCCUUCCGCCCCGUCCCGCCUCCCGCCGCUUCUCGCCGCCAUGUCGGUGUUCCACGACGAGGUGGAGAUCGAGGACUUCGAGUACGACGAGGAGACCGAGACCUACAGCUACCCGUGCCCCUGCGGGGACCGGUUCCUUAUCACUCGGGAGGACCUGGAGAACGGGGAGGACGUGGCCACCUGUCCCAGCUGCUCCCUGAUCCUGCGCGUCAUUUACGACCAGGAGCAGUUCAUGCGUGAUGAAGUCGUUGCAGAACCUCUGCCAAACAAGGAGUUGGUUAAGUGCUGAUAAAUCCAUCAUGGACUGUUGCUGCUUUAGAGUGAGAAAGUAUGGGAAUGGCGACUUUGGAAAGAGAUGAGGUCCUCCUCCUGGAAGUGCUUGCUGCUGUGGGAUACAAGUGCAAUAAGUGUCCGUCUUCUUAACGUGAAUAAGAAUUUGCUGGGACAUCAAACACAUGAACGAGUUUUGUUCCAAAGGGUUAUACAUUUAAAAAAUAUAUAUAAGUUGCUAUGUGCAUUCCAGAAGACUUAAAAGUUCUGAUCCUAAUUUACAGCAAGUCAGUAUACAGAAGAGGAGCGCAGAGUUUGUGAAAUCGUAACAUUUAGUCUAGCAGUGGCUUCUUAGCCUGUGGAGAUAAACGGGCUUGGUGUGGGUGAAAUGGCUUAAAUGCCAGCUGAAAUGCUGGGGGACAAAAUUUAGGAGUCCAUAGGACAUGAUGCCAUACAGAAUUGACAUGGUGCAGCAUCUCCCAGGAUUUGAGCUCGUGUACUUCCAGCCCAUACUGAAUAUGGAGAGAAAAUAAGAGACCCAGAGCCAGUGUUUACUCAGUGUUGGUAAAUUGUCUUUACUACUGCAGGCACAAGGAAGGUGUAGUUGUCUUUAUAUCUGCAGUGGGGGCAACACUUGAAUUGGAGCAGAUCUGUUUAUUAAAUUACUUCUAAAGUUGCUUUGAAACAUCUUUGGUAGCUGUUACCAAAUGGCUCUGACAUAAUAGUGAUGCCCUUUUGUGGGUGUUGUGUGAAAUGAAACAAAAGGAGUCAAACCUUUUACUCCUGCAUAGCUAGUAAUGUGCAAGAUUGUAAUUUACUCCUGUUUUCUCAACAGCUUUGUGAUUUGACUGUUGCAGCAGAUAUAAAAUGGGCUGCAGCUCUUUGUGCCACUUGUAGUACAUUUGCUGAAUUUCUCAGCCUUCCUCUGUUAGUUCUGUCACCUCCUGGAUAAGAGAUGCACACAUUUCACUUAAAAAGGCAUUUUUUAAGGUAGAAAAGAGUUGGGAGAACAUACUCCACAUGGAGUCCAAGACUACUUCUUGUAUUACAAGCCACUGCACUUAAAUAUUUACUUAAAAUUAUGGUCCUUCCUGUGUUUUAGUAGGAUUUGACAUCUAUGAAGUUAAAUUUGAGGAAAAAUACUUGUGAAGCAUUUAUAUAGUGAGUUUGCUCUAGGCACUAAAGAUCAGCAGGUCUUACUGGAUCCUUGCAUUUAGCUAUUUUUGUUCUUACAACAUUCUGUGAAUGUUGAAGAGAAACAUUCUAGUUACUUAAAAAAAAAGGAAAAAAAGAAGAAAAAACCGAAAAGCUAUACCUUUCAGUUGGAAGUUUUGAAUGCAAUAAGCACAACCCAGAGUGUUUCCAUGCCUAAACCAGGAGGUGGCACUCACGUUACUUUGAUAGCUGUGCUUUAAAGAAACAAAACCAACAGAUGUGGUACUUUGGUUAGCUCUAUCUUAUCAAAUAUUUAUUUUGACUAUUUAAAUAAAGAUGUUUAAGACUCCACCAGUGGUUA